UAAAAUAUCACAUUUGGCUGGGAUGCUGCAGACGCGUGAUUCUGUGUAUAAAACUUGCAUAAUAUAGUAAAAAUAAACAGAAACUACACUAAUUGGGAUCCAAGUUUUUAAAAUGCAUGGCCGUCUUAAAGUGAAGACUACAGAAGAACAGCAGCAGGCCAAACAGGCGGAGAGAGCUAAAAAGCUUCAGCUGUACAAUGCAGCAACCAGUCGAGCGUUUCAGAAGAGGAAAGCUGGUGAACUUGAUACAGAACUCCUAGAAAUCACAGGUCAGGUUCUCCAGAUUAAUCCAGACUUCUACACAUUUUGGAAUAUUCGCAAGGAGAUCUUCUUGCAUAUGAAGACAACUCUGUCAAAAGAAGAGCUGCAGAAAAUAUUUCAUGGAGAACUGGAGUUUCUGGAGAUGUGCUUAAAGGUCAACCCUAAGUCUUAUGGAACAUGGCAUCAUCGACGUUUUGUCAUGGACCACAUGCCACAAGCCAGCUGGACUCGUGAACUGCAGUUAUGCACUCUUCUACAGUAUGAUGAACGGAAUUUUCACUGUUGGGACUAUCGGAGAUUUGUGGUUCAGAGAUCAAAUGUUUCGGCAGCAGAUGAAUUUGAUUUUACCACAUCCAAAAUAAGCAGCAAUUUUUCCAAUUAUUCUUCAUGGCACUACCGCAGCAAAUUGCUUCCAGUUCUGUUCCCGGACCCUCUGAACCCUCUGGUGUAAACAGAGCUAUCAAUUUUUGCAGAAUAUGAGCUGGUGCGGAAUGGCCUAUAUACAGAUCCUGAAGAUCAGAGUAAUUGGUUUUACCAUCGGUGGCUGCUUGGCAGAGGAACACAAAACCAGAAGAUCAACUAUCUUCUUGUUUCUCGAAAGCUGAGCCAAGUCCUUGUGUCUUUCACCAGGUCAUGUCAGCUGGGACUCAGCACCAUAUGUCUUGUGAAAAUAAAUGGAAGCAAGUCAGAUGUUAAGUGGCAGAACCAGCGUGGAAGCCAGGGAUUUUCUUCCUUGUGGGUGGGUCACUUAGAACAAGAGGUGUUAUCAGGAAGGGAACUGGAAGUCACUGUUGAACUACAGGGAAAAGAGGGGCAGAUCUUGUGUGAAAGGUCGGUCUCUCUGACUACAGACAGUGAUGAAUCUUCCAGCCAAUGGUCUACAGCAGAUCUUGCUGUCUUCUUUAGGCAGCAGCUAAGCAGUGCUGAUCAGGCAACCCUAGUUCAUGAAUUGGAUGACAUAAUGGAGUUACAAAAGAUGGAAACUAGCAACAAAUGGGCUAUGCUGACUGUUGUUCUGUUGAUGAUGGCAGUAGACUCUUCAUGUUAUCAGAAACAGAUUCUAGAACUUCUACAAGAACUGAAGUCACUGGAUUCCAUGAGGUACACCUACUACUGUGACCUAAGGAGUCGCUUUCUUGUGGAAUGCUCCAUCAAAGCACUCGACAGCAGCAGAGCCCUUAAUCUGAGUGGACGUGGUCUCACCUACUUGGCCCACCCACAGUUGCUUCCCUUGAUAUGCGAGUUGGAUCUCUCUGGUAACCAAUUAACUGAAACUCUGCACUUUAGCUUCUUUCAGAGGCUUCAAGUUCUUAACCUUGCAAACAAUGAACUGAAGAACUGCCAGGGAAUAUGUCAUCUUCCUUGUCUUCAAACCCUGGAUCUCAGUGGUAACUGCCUGACUACAGUGGACUGCAUCAAGUCUCUUCAGACAUGUUGUCAGCUUCAGCACCUGAAUGUUACUGGCAACCCAUUGUGUCAGGAGCCUUGCACCUUGGACAGGCUUCAAGAACUCUUGCCUGGUGUACAAGUACGUGUGUCUUAAGCCAUCAUGCCAAGACCUAUUCCACUGACGUCAAGAUAUACAUGCAGAUAAAGUUUAAAUUUUGCACUGAAGUGUACAAAUCGCUAUAGGGACCAAAAUGUCAUAUCGAAGUAAAAAGAAAUGACAACGUAAAACAUUGCCAUGCUUCUAAUGUGCCUCUUUUUUAUGUAUACAGAAUUUUAUGGGUUUAAUGCAGGUAUUAAACUUGAGAUUUUUCUGUUUUUAUAGCUGCUUAAUAAUUUGACACUAGCUGGUGAUUAAAUAAAGAGAUUUCCACCCCACCCCCACCAGAAAAGUGAGGUAUUCAUAAAAAAUGAUAUUUCGAAAAACUUAACUUUUAUUUGUAUGGUAAUCGUUUCACCAACUAUACUUAUGGUGCAGAACUGAGUGUGAACCAGGAUUGUAUCUUCAGUUGCAUUAGAGAGCAUUUUGCAAGCAUCAGGUCCUAUUUGACAUAGCACAUGGCUGUUUCAUUGCUCUAAUCUUCAGUGAGAAAUCUAUGAGGUCUGCAGUAAUUUUUUUCAUAUGAACCAGCCACACCCAGAAUUACUUCCAACAUCAAACUUUUAGGAUUCUUUUUGAUCUCAGAUUUUCUGAAUGAAUGUCAUGCAUAUUAAGUUGCUGGAAAUUAUACAGCAUAUAAAAUAUGUGUGUACACUUGUGAUAUAUUUAAAUGCACAUUUUUGAGAGUUGUUAAAAUGUUUCCAAAAUUAAACUUGGAAUACACCAAA